AUGCUCGCGCUGACUACCCAUCUGCUCGCGAGCGUAUGCGCGAGCGCGCGCUCGAGCGCGCGCGCUGACGGCUUCGAGAAGAAGCCGGAGUACAAGGAGUUCAGACUGCAGCUCAGGGAGUUUGCCACUCCUGAGACGCAGCAAAGCAACGGCACCAACUUUGGAGACAUCGUGUGGUUCAAUGAUCGGGUGGAGGACUUUAACACCGGAGAGCGCUUCGGAUUCGUCCAAGGAAUCUGCACAUUCACACAGUCUCUCGACCCCGUGACAGGCAGCUACAAGAUAGAGUGUGAAUUCUCCUUCAUUCACAAGGAAGGCUCCUUCACAGUCACGGGACUCUCCGCGAACACGCCGACCGACCUGGCAGUUGUGGGCGGCACCGGCAUUUACACGGGCGCGACAGGUGUCGCGCGUCAGAGCACCCUGAGUGACAACGGCCAGGGUUUUUUCACGUUUGGCUACAACAUCAAGUUCUUCGCCAUUCGUGAGAUCCGUCUAGAGGCGCUCAAGCCUAAGGCAUAG